GCAACAAACCCAACAAGCGGAAAUUCGCGUUUUUAUAUUUGCUGACGCCUCACCCCCUGCAAACACUUGUCUCUCCUGCACGGCGCGUCGGUCGCAGGCGGCCUGGUUCUAUGCACGUGUCGGGAUCCCGACCUCGUUAUCACCUCUCUUCUCUUCGAGAGACAUCGCAAUCGCCAUCCUAUAGUAACCCCGGUCAGCGAGGAAUUCCACGUCAGCAAGGAAUGUCACGUCAGCAGCAAAGUCAACGUCAGCAACGGAGUCCACGUCAGCGACUUCGCGUCGAGCGGAGAGAGAACUGGGGUAGUGGUGGUGAUAAGUAGGGUGCGCUACGCGGGAAAAGGUUAGUUGAGCAAUUGUGAGAUGUGAAUGGGCGACGAUAAGAUUCCCACGGAGUAUACGUGAAAGCAGAGUGAAACAGAAGGGACACGAACUCGGCCCGAAAUAGUCAAAGAGCGGAUAGAAGGCUGUGGUAGUUCACAGAAAGCAAAGCACAAAGUUGAGUGUGGAGCUUCACAAGAGAGAGAGAGAGAGAGAGAGAGAGAGAGAGAGAGAGAGAGAGAGAGAGAGAGAGAGAGAGAGAGAGAGAGAGAUGUCUCUCACUGCUUCAGUUGGGGUUGAGGAGAAUGGGGUGGCUAGGGAGGAGCGUGUGUCGAUUUCAUCGGCAAGCACAGCUGCUACAACUGGCUCCGAAAGGACGAUGAGGGUGGAUGGGGGUUAUGUUACCAACCAAAGGCCGUCUGUUGGCGAAGGAUUUGCGAAGGUUCAUGAGGAAGCGAUUGAAGAUCGAGAUUUCCCUUUUAUCUCCAAGGCAGUGGCGGAGGCAUACGAAGGCGUCCGUCUUGGUCACGGUGGUCCGUUCGGUGCCGUUGUUGUUCGCGAUGGCGAAAUUGUGUCCUGCUGCCAUAACAUGGUACUGAAGAACGUCGACCCAACUGCGCAUGCCGAAGUGACUGCGAUCAGAGAGGCAUGCCAGAAACUUGGGCGGUACGACUUGGCGGACUGUGAGAUCUAUGCCUCUUGUGAACCAUGUCCUAUGUGCUUUGGAGCCGUCCACCUGUCCAGGAUCAAGCGGCUCGUCUAUGGGGCAGAGGCGGAAGCAGCAGUGGCCGUUGGAUUUGAUGACUUCAUAGCGGACGCUAUCAGGGGAACAGCCUACUACCAGAAGGCCAGCAUGGAGAUUAAACAAGUGGACGGCAAAGGGAAAUCAGCAGCAGAGGAAGUUUUCCAAAACACAAAAUCGAAAUUUGUCAUGUACUGAGUGUCGGUUGUUUUGUGAAUAUUUAACCUGUUGUAUAUUAUCAAGUCAAUCAAUUAGUUGACCAUCG